GGUCCCGUCAUCGGCAUCGACCUCGGCACCACCUAUUCCUGCGUCGGAGUCUACCGGAAGGGCAAGGUGGAGAUCAUCGCCAACGAGCAGGGGAACCGAGUGACGCCGUCGUGGGUGGCGUUCACCGACGACGGCGAGCGGCUGGUCGGCGACGCCGCGCGCUCGCAGUCCUCGCUCAACCCGGUAAACACGAUUUACGACGCGAAGCGGCUCAUCGGC